GAACUUGAAGCUAACAAUAUCGAGCCGUUGGUUACGUUGUACCAUUGGGACUUGCCCCAGCACUUAAGCGAGUUGGGCGGUUGGCUCAAUCCUCAAAUUGCUGAUUAUUUUGGAGAAUACGCGCGACUGGCAUUCAGCCUGUUUGGUGAACAUGUGAAACGUUGGACAACCGUAAAUGAGCCAAAAUCUACAUGCUUGUUGGGCUACGGAAACACUUACAAUGCGCCUGGAAUCAAUUUGAUUGCUGAUGGUGUCUACCAGUGUGCUAAAAUACAACUUCUAGCCCAUGCCAAGGCCUGGCAUAUUUACGAUGAAGAAUUCAGACCAACCCAACAAGGAAAAGUUAGUCUGGUGUUGGACACACCUUGGAAUGAGCCAGCAAGCGACAGUGAGCUGGAUCAAGAGGCAGCCGAAAGAGAAAUGGAGUUUGGGUUUGGUUGGUUUGCUCACCCAGUAUAUUUGGGCGACUGGCCCGAAGUAAUGAAGGUGAGAGUGGCCAACAGGAGCAAACUUGAGGGUUUGGGCUUCUCAAGAUUGCCUGAACUCACUGAAGAAGAGAUCGACUAUAUCAAAGGAACAUUUGAUUACUUCGGCUUGAACAUUUACACCGGCCUACUCGUUUCAUACCUGCCUGAUGACGAUAUUGGUACUCCCAAUUAUUGGUCAGACAAAGGAAACCACCUUUAUAGCGAUGCCUCCUGGCCAGAGUCGUCAACAGACUGGCUGAGGUACGUGCCAUUCUCCAUUAGAAAACUGGUAAAUUAUAUCAACGAUCGAUACAAUCCUGGAGAAAUAUUUGUGACUGAAAAUGGUUGGGCUGAUACUGGGGAGAUUGAUGAUCAAGAUCGCGUCAGAUAUUACAGGGGAUACUUAAGUAACCUUUUGGAAGCAAUUCUCGAUGAUGGGGUUAAUGUGGUUGGUUACACUGCUUGGAGUUUACUCGACAAUUUUGAAUGGGCUUCUGGAUACUCGCAAAGACUAGGAUUGAUUUAUGUGGACCACGAUAGUCCGGAAAGGACCAGGACUUGGAAGUCUUCCGGCCGUUACUAUCAGCAAGUGGUGCAAACCAGGUGCUUGGUGGAGUCCUGCAUUGAUUAAUAUCAACAUUAAUGUAAAAUUUAAUAAACAUUAACGCAAUUAUUUUUAAUAAAUAACACUCUUUUUUUGCUUUA